AUGGCACAGUCGGUGUGUUCGAAGGACAGAGCAGUGAAAGACUGCCCCCUACGUCGAGGAUCACAACGAGUUGAUACUUACUGCAAAGACAGUGCCACCCCAUUUGCAGCAGAGGAGGGCCUGACCGGCCUGCUGACCACCAACCACAAGAUGACCGUUGAAUGCUAUGGAGACCAGGGAGAGUUCUCCAGUGAGGAGCAGCAUGUCCUGGACAAUGAGGGAAGGGCUGUUCUCACACAGCACAGGGGAGAAAAAAUACUUUUAUCAUAUGAUUUGUCCCAUGACUUUCUAUAUUUUAAGAAAUAUUGUAAUGGAAAGUUUCAAUUGCUUACUUGUUGUUGUACUGAAAAGCCAUCAUGUGUUUCUCAUGUGAUCCAUGAAACAGUUAUGGUUAUCCCACGAGCUGACCCAGAAAAGCCUGAAUGGAAACUGUUCGAACUUCAGUUUUACAAGCUGCUUCAGUAUCGGGCUGAAGCCAUUUUGGAAGCUGGGAGUAUCUCAGGAGGCUGGGGAGACCUGAGAGUACCUGAAUCCACUGAGAGCAGGGACAAGCUCUGGAAAGAAGAGGACUCAAAAGCAGGAGAAAGAGGAGGCCCGACUUCAGAUUCUACUGUAGACCCCACAUGUUCCAAGAAGAUGUCACUGGGGGGGUUCUGGAAGACAGUCCUGCGUGGGUCGUCCCUAUCGCCCCCCUGUGAGGUACAUGGGGAACUCCGUUUACGCCGCGCAGUCAAGGCGGGGCCAAACUUUGGCAGACAGUUCUUUGUUUGUAACCGCCCUCAGGGCCAUGCAUCCAGUCCUGUGGCUUGCUGUAGCUUCUUUUCCUGGGUGGAUAAUAAAGGAAAAUAAUGACUAUGGUCUAGCAACACACGGACAUUUCCCCCAUGUAGUGUUUUAUAUGUGUUAUCAAUCUGCGAUAUGGAUUUAUUAGUAAAAUAAAGACACCUGUUUUUCUAAA